UCGGCCAAUCCGCCGAACAGCGUUUGACUCAUCGCAAUAUCCGUCCUCGUAUGACUGUCGAGUGCCGAGUGCCGACUGCCGAGUGCUGACGCGGGCUUUCUUAGUGGAUACAGACUACGGUCGCAGACGCACGCUUAUCCGCCUUCCUUAUCAGUGCAUGAAACAAUACCGGUGCUAGUGCAAUUGUGAUUUUUUUAAUUGGAUUAUCUUGACUUCCGGUUUAGAGUUUGACGGCGGCCUAUCAUCACAACGUACAGCGGCGGACUUCGAGGCUCUGAUCGACCGACUGGAGCGCGUGACGUCACGGCUGGAGCGUCUCCCAAUCCUCCAAGAGACCCCGCAGUUCUCGUCUGCACAGCCUCCUGAAGCAGCAGCGCAACCAGUUCUAGAACUCUUAAUUCCAACUGACAGUAUGAGCGUGAACGGUUACCAGGACAUUUUGCAGGGUCCCCUGAGGUCGUACCUUGAACUGUCGAAGCAAAUCGGUGGCGAUGUAGCCACACACGCGAACCUGGUUAACGAGGCAUUCCAGGCCCAAUAUAAGUAUAUUCAGCUGGCCGCAUCCCGGAGCAAACCCUCCCAGUCGGAGGAGAUGCAGCUUCUGGCACCCACCAGCGACAAGAUCUCAGCCAUCCAACAGUUCAGAGAGAAGAACAGGGCGUCAACAUUCUUUAACCAUUUGUCGGCAAUUUCUGAGAGUAUCCCCGCACUAGGAUGGGUCGCGAUAUCUCCCACACCAGCUCCCUACGUGAAGGAGAUGAACGACGCUGGCCAGUUCUACACGAACCGCGUGCUCAAGGACUGGAAGGAGAAAGAUAAGACCCACGUUGAGUGGUGCCGCACUUGGGUUCAGCUACUGUCAGAUCUGCAGGCGUUCGUCAAGCAGUACCAUACUACGGGACUGGUUUGGUCUGGUAAGGGUGGUGCUCCGGCUCCUCCCCCGCCCCCGGCUGGAGGUCUGCCCCCUCCCCCUCCCAUGCUGCCCGAGGUGGACUUCGGGAACCUCUCCGUCGACGACCGGAGCGCUCUCUUUGCGGAGAUCAACCAGGGCGAGGCUAUCACCAGCAGUUUACGUAAGGUGACAUCGGAUAUGCAGACACACAAGAACCCGCAACUGCGCCAGGGUCCGGCGCCUUUCAAGGCAGCUACCAAGAGCGCCCCAGUGAAGGCACUACCCACGCCCGGCGCAGGCAAUAUUCCCGACAAACCGCCCGUGUUUACACGCGAUGGGAAAAAAUGGAUCAUUGAGUUCCAGAAAGGCAACCCCAAUUUAGUGGUGGAGAACACUGACAUGAACAACAUGGUCUACAUGUUCCGGUGCCGCGACUCGGCGCUCACGGUCCGCGGGAAGGUCAACGGAGUGAUCCUGGACUCGUGCACCAAGUGUGCGGUGGUGUUCGACAACCUGGUCUCUGGCAUCGAGUUCGUCAACUGCCAGUCGGUGCAGAUGCAGGUGUUGGGCAAGGUGCCGACAAUAUCAAUCGACAAGACGGACGGCUGCCAGAUCUACCUGUCUCCGGAGUCGCUGGACGUCGAGGUGGUCAGCUCCAAGUCUUCCGAGAUGAACGUCCUCGUGCCCAAGGGAGAUGGUGACUAUACGGAACACCCAAUACCAGAGCAGUAUAAGACCGUGAUCAACAAGCCGCCGACCGGACUCACUACUACCCCCGUCGAAAGCAAGGGCUAACUCGACCCCACUAUCCCCCCGGGACUUAGCUAUGUAUAUCAUUCAUACUUCUACUAACAUACCCCGGGAUGUAGUUCUUACCUUACAUUAACCAAUAUAUGCAUAUAUUGCACGGUCUAGCUUAAUUAGUUCCAAGUCACGAUAGGUUGGCGUACACACAAAAUGGCGACCAUAGAUUCAAAAUGGCGGCUACGUAACUCUUGUUCAUAUUUUUAAGCAAUAUUUCAUUUCUGAAACAGCUCGAUCUAAUAAAUGUGGUUUAUUCACAAUUUUACUCAUGCAUUAAUCUAUUAUUAUUAUUAUUAUUAAUAAGUUAUUUAAAAUAUUGAUAAAUAGUAUUUUGAUAAAUAUUAAUCAGUGUACGUCAAGACCAAUGCAAGCACAAAUAGGUAUCAAGUCCCGGGAUAAUUGAACAUAUUAAUAUUAUUAAUAAUCUCUUGCUCAUUUUGUAAUAGUUAUAUUAAUAUAAAUCAUGUAGACAAUUUUAAUAUUUACUGGCCUUUGUAUUAUGUUCCUUAAAUUUUUUUGACGUUGGACACAUCGAUGUACCAGUGGGUACCGUAUUUAGGCUAAGUUUAGUUAAGGAGUGUGUCGAAAUUGUAUUAAGAAGAGCCGUGUCCUCGAUACGUAUUACGAUAGUAAUUCUUAUAACCCCGCUACGUGACGAUAGGGAGUUUUCUAUUAUCGAUAAAGUCACUCGUGUUUUAUGUCUCGUGACUGUUUUUCAGUAAAUCUUACUAAGACUAUUAUAAUUGUAACUCGAUGUUCGUAUUAAGUAAUUGUAUUUUAUGUUCAAGUAUUAUAAUUCGUGUUUUUUUUUUUUUUGAUAAAUGUGACAAUUGCAAUGUUUAAUUAUUAUAAUUUAUAAUGGCAUUCUUAUUUUGAAAUGUUUAAUUUAUUUGUCGAGUGAUUAAACUCUUUAUAUGA